GUAUAUUAAAGAACAGCGCUGAAGGCCCAAGAAGAAGAAGACCAAUGUAAACAUGGAGCUGGAGAAGAACAUGGUUGUGUCCGAGUUCCUGAGCAAAGGAAGCGUUUUAAAACAAGGAGCGGAGGCCCGUGUUUACCGAGACGUGUUCCUGGGGAGGUCAACCAUUAUUAAAGAAAGGUUCCCGAAGAAGUACCGCCACCCUCUGUUGGACGAGAAGCUCACCCACCGCAGGACCGUGCAGGAGGUGCGGUCCAUACAGCGAUGCAGAAGAGCUGGCAUCCCCACCCCUGUGGUGUACUUUGUGGACUACACCUCCCACUGCAUCUUCCUGGAGGACAUUGUGGAUUCGGUGACAGUGCGUGACCACAUCGCGGCGACUCGGCAGCGGUCCCAUCCCAGUCCCACCCUGGUGCCCCUGGAGCCGCUGGCCGCCAGAGUGGGCCGGGUCCUGGCCCGGAUGCACGACGAGGACGUGGUGCACGGGGACCUCACCACCUCCAACAUGCUGCUGAGGAGGAGCGGCGACGGGGAGGCAGAGCUCAGCCUGGUGCUCAUAGACUUUGGCCUGAGUUACAUCUCCGCACUGCCCGAGGACAAGGGCGUGGACCUGUACGUCCUGGAGAAGGCCUUCCUCAGCACCCACCCCAACACGGAGCCGCUGUUCCAGAAGCUGCUGGAGAGCUACGCCGCCUCUUCCAAAAAGUCCUCGGCCGUCAUCAAGAAACUGGAUGAGGUGCGGCUGAGAGGGAGGAAGAGGUCCAUGGUGGGCUGAGGGAGAGGAAGAGGUCCAUGGUGGGCUGAGAGGGAGGAAGAGGUCCAUGGUGGGCUGAGGGAGAGGAAGAGGUCCAUGGUGGGCUGAGAGGGAGGAAGAGGUCCAUGGUGGGCUGAGAGGGAGGAAGAGGUCCAUGGUGGGCUGAGGGAGAGGGCCGCGGUGGGCUGAGGUCUUCCCCGGAGGCUGUAAAUGGAUAGAGAAGAUCCUCAAAACCCAACAAGCACAUAUGAAUACAAACACAGAGAGAGACAUCAGACCAAUCCUUCAGCCUUUCUACAGGAUCAAUUGGUGUUUACUGUUUAUAUUGGGGAAACAAUUCAUGAGCUGCAGCUGUUACCAUUCAAUAAAGCAUUCAUAAAUCUCUAAUAGA